AUGGCGGGCUGGUGGCGGGCGCUGGCGCGGGCGGCCCAACGCCACCCCUGGCCCACCAACGUGCUGCUCUACACCAGCCUCUACUCGGCCGGAGACGCGCUGCAGCAGAGACUGCGGGGCGGCCCUGCCGACUGGCGCCAGACGCGGCGCGUGGCUACGCUGGCCGUGACCUUCCAUGCCAACUUCAACUAUGUGUGGCUGCGCCUGCUGGAACGCGCGCUGCCGGGCCGCGCUCCGCGCACCGUCCUGGCCAAAGUGCUGUGCGACCAGACGCUGGGCUGGCCCGUGGCCCUCUCCACCUUCUAUGUCGGUAUGAGCUUUCUCCAAGGAGAUGAGGACAUAUUUCUGGACCUGAAGCAGAAAUUCUGGAAUACAUAUAAGACUGGUCUGAUGUACUGGCCCUUUGUACAGCUGACCAACUUUGGCCUCAUUCCUGUUCACUUGAGGACAGCUUUCAUUGGACUCUGUGGUUUCCUCUGGGCCACCUUCCUUUGCUUUUCUCAGCAGAGCGGUGAUGGCACGUUGAGCUCAGCUCUCACUCUGCUUGUCAGAAAGGGAGCCGGUGCAGCCGAGAGGCCCCCGGGGGAAUGAGGUGGCACCGACUCCAAGUGACCACAGUUGGUGUUCCUGAAGCACUCGGCUCACUGGUCAUGUGCUGCAUUGUGAAGAAUCACUGUUCCACAGAUCCACUUGUUUUCAAUUAUCAGUGAUUAUUUACAUUUUUAUACAGAUCUUCUCCUCCCAUUCCAGUGUGAAAGUCUUGCUUAAUAUUUUCACUUCUCUCAAAUUUUGGUCAAUACCACAA